AUGGAUGCUGGUCAGAUAUUCUCUGAUCAAAAGCUCUCUGAUCUGCUUUCUAAGAGUGCUGGGCAGUAUCAGAACUUAUUAUCGUUUUUCGAUGAUUAUGAGUUUGAUUUAGAGGGUACCAACCACCAACUUCUAGAACUGGCACAAUUACUUCUGGAUUCGUAUACUCUGCUCAAUGAGCUAUUUACUGAUGAUAUUAAUGUGUCACAAUUGUUGCCUUAUUUUGAUUGGAUUCAAGAGGGUAAAAACGAAUUUUAUCAGCUAAACAAUGGUAUAAAGACCGUGGAAAAGAUCUUACUCCAUUUGAUGAAGAUUAUUGAAGAAGAGUUCGAAACCAAUGAGGAUGAGCAGUUCAGAAAGGAUCUGUCUGUUCUUUUCGAUUUAAUAGAAGAGUUAUCUGACACCUUGGUCUCUUUGAAACCGAUCACUGUUUCAUUGAAGAAUUUAUUUGAUACAGCAGUUGAGUUCAACGAAAUAUUUAAGGACCAUAUGAACAGCUUAGAUAUGGAGAUAGAGUCGAACCUGAAAAAAUGCAUUGAACUGCAAGAGAAAACCUUCAUCUCUCCGGUUAGACAUAAUAAGCUUACAUUUUCCUUAGAUCAGUUAAUAAAACUGUUAUCCUCUUCUAAUACGCCAACGAAAGGGUUGUGUGUCCCCGCGUUUUCUCCCUUGGAGCAAAGUAUUCACGAUAAACUUGUUGAAUUGGAGGAGGCCUCCUCUCCCAUUGAACUCUCUCUGAAUAGCGUUCUUUCACAAAGAUUGGAUAGUUUUGAGACAAGAGAUGUGGUAAAUUUAGAGUAUUUGAUGCGACUACUUCGGAAAAAGUAUCAUUACAUUAUAGAAAAAUACGAUUUAUUGCAACAUGAGAUAGAGGAUCUAAAGCACGCUAUUAUCGAUGAAAAAUGGCGUCUGAUAUUCAUUAAUCUUAACGACGAACUACGGAUAAUGUUGAGAGAUACAGAGAAGCUAUUGAUAAAAAUUGCUAAUCCUGAUCUUUCUGAUGAAAUCACAUCGAGGUUCAAAGAACAGCUGCAGGUUAAGACACAAACCAUUGAUAAAACAUUUACUGUGAUAUAUACGGCAAUAGAAAGUUUGGUCUUGAGCGAGUCAAUUGCAACAGUGACUAAUGAGUAUGCUGAAAAAUGGUUACAACUGAAAACCCAAUACGAGGAAUAUAUACCAGAAGACAAUACGAAAGAUGAGGAAGAGGCUCAAAAAACCAUCAAUGCUCUGUCAGAUAAUAUAUCUGAAUUGAAACUUAAUGAUGGUCCCACUGAAAAGCCAGGCUCUAACAGAUCAAGCAUAGGCGCUCUGAUAUUUAAAAAAAUGAACAUUCGACCAGUGAUUGUACAAGAGAAGGAUGAGCGAAAAUAUGGAGACGAAAGCUACGAAAGUAGUCGUAGCAGCCGUAGUACUAGUAGUACUAGCAGUACUAGCAGUACAGCCAGUAACGGCCUGAACCCAUUUUAUGAACCCACGAGUUCGCACGAGUCAAAAGCUCCCAAGGUUCUUAAUCUCAGUAAAGUGCCGCCUCUUUCCUUUGAUGAGCCGUCUGGCUUAAUGUCCAGUUUAAAGACAAUAAAAACCCCAACCGUACCGUUAUCUCCCUCUGCUACUCCAACAACCAUUACUAAAGAUACAAACAGCAGUUCGUCAGCGGCCUCCCCUUAUGAAGUAGAGAGGCUAAUCAGCUACGGCAUGAUUCCUACUCGCAUACCGAGUCUGUACCCAAGCACGCUCCCUCCGCCACUACACCUAACGGUGCUUUUCAAACUGAACUCUGGUUGGAUCAAACAAAGGCAUCAUAAACUGAAGGCGCCAAGAAACUACACAAUAAUCAGCUGA